AACUGUCUCAGGUUGUUAAGUGCUGAGGUGUGAGAGCCGCUCUGUAAAGGGGCGCACACUAAUUCAGAUAUGCUGUAACCGCGGCGCUGCACAUUUACAUUCAGUUUUUUUUUUUUUCCUUACAGGAAAAGAGCAAACAGUUCUUCCACGAUGGCGCUUUUGGGUUCUACCCAUACAGCCACGUAUACUCGCCCAGGUAUGAAGUCCACUAACUUUCUACCUGCUAUUUCCACAAUGGCUUCCAGCUACAAGAACCCCCACUUCAUCCUGAGCCAGAGCAUGUACCUACCCUGGAGACCCAGCUCGUACUUCAGAACAGCGUCUGCCGUUCCCAGUAUCGGUGUUACCUCCAGAAUCUCCCCGGAUCUGAUCCAGGCCAAGGUCAGCAGCUUUCCUUCUAACCGCACGGCCCUGUUCGCCCGCUACACCCCUGUGGACUGGCUGAAGUCGAACCACAACAACUACAUGGAGUCUGAGUCUUCGAGGCACAGCGCUGAGAGGCUCCGAGUGGACACCGCCCGUCUCAUCCAGGACAAAGAGCAGCUGACCAGAAAGACCCAGAGCACCACCAGCAGGAACAUCGGGGAGCGGCUCAACGACAUCGUGUUCUGGAAGUCCGAGCUGAACCACGAGAUCGAGAACAUGAUCGGGGAGACCAACGCCCUGGCCGAGGUGAAGAAGAGACUAGAGAGGGCCCUGGCUGAAACAGAAGGGCCUCUGCAGGUCGCUCGGGAGUGUUUGUACCACAGAGAGAAGAGAAUGUCCAUUGACCUGGUCCAUGAUAAAGUGGAGAAAGAUUUAAUUCAGGAGGUUGAAUCCAUCAAGGGCUGCCAGGAGAGAAUGAGAUGUUCUCUGGAUGCAGCCAAUAGCCAGCUCGCGUCCAACAGAGCAGCCCAACACGAAUUAGAUAGAGACAUCAAUGACAAACUGAUCGCGCACAGGAUUGAUGACAAGUGCCAUUAUCUCAGAAACACCUCUGAUGGCAUCAGUUACUUCCGUGGGGUGGAGAAUAUCGAUGCAACAGUUUCAGUGCCCGAGUCCUGGGCCAAGUUUACGGACAAUAACAUCCUCCGCUCCCAGGCUGAGCGGGCUGCCUCAGCCAAGCUGCGCCAUGACAUCGAAACUCUUCUCAACACAACAUCUAACGAGAUGUGGAAUCAAUUCAACAACGUCAACGUGGCUUUUACCAACCGCCUGUCCGAGGUGGCCGAUGCCAAGAACAAGCUGCAGAUGCACCUGGCUAAGACCCUGCAGGAGAUCUUCCAAACCGAAAUGCUCAUUGAGGCCCUGAAGAAGGCCAUCCGGGACAAGGAGAGCCCUCUCAAAGUGGCCCACACUCGUCUGGAUGAGCGCACAAGGAGGCCCAAUGUGGAGCUGUGCCAGGACUCUGCUCAGCUUCGGCUGGUUAGUGAAGUCCGUGAGAUUGACGACACUAUUCAGAGACUGCGGGAGAGGCUCUGGGAGGCAGAGAAGACCCUUCAGAUGCUGGUCAACACCAAAGUGACCCUGGAGCAUGACCUGUCCAUCAAGGCUAACUCCCUGUUCAUCGACCAGGAGAAAUGCAUGUCAAUGCGCAAGAGCUUCCCCAGCACCCCCAGGCUGGUGGGCUACACAUGAAGGGUUGCAUUCCAAAAAGGAUUGUAUUUUGAAGAAAAGGUGUAUGGCAUUAAAUAUAUAGGGCACUUUCAUGCUAAAAUGUGAUGAUUAUUUUUAUUUUAUCCCACAGCCCCCUCCCCCCUCCCCCCCCCCCCUGGGGUUCUUGACUUGAUUUUUACACUACAAUGGUUUCCAUCCCAUAAAACACAUGCUGUUGCUUUGUCACUUAAACCUUGCUGUGUCACCCUUUUCACAGAGUGCAGCUAGUCCAUGAAAGCACUGCAUUUACAUGAUGACUACUUUAAUUAUGACUUUUUGUUUACGGACAAAUUAGUGGUGAUCUGCCAUACAGUACCCUGUAAAUUAUUCUGUAUGUGUGUGUGUGUGUGUGUGUGUGUAUGUGUGUAUGUGUGUAUA